CAAGGAGCAAUCGACCCCCAGGUCUUUCUUCUCUCCAACUGGAACUUAGACCAGUAUGAUUUUCCCUUGCUGGAGGAGACUCUGGAGAAGGACCUCCCCCGUCUACAGAGACUUGUGUUCCUGAUCAGCCUGCCCAACUUCUCUCUGGAAAUCAUAGAGAAGAAGAAAUCUGCUCUGCGUGGGCACUUAUGGAAAAUAUCCCUGGUGUCGGCUUUUAUCAAUGUCCUUCCCAUGGGAGGUGUCUCUCUCGCCUGUGAUGUUGGCCUCCUGUUGGUAUCCAUGAUCGCCUUCUACAAACAAUUCAGCCUUGACGAUGACUCCUUAGGUAAACUGGCCAGGCAGGCUGGGAAGCCCAUGGCAGAGCUCAAGUCUGUUAUCAUCUCACCACAAGGGGAAGUUCUCACCCGAGAUGUAUUAAUGAAGAAGAUUGUCCAGGUUGGGUGCAGCCUCACCCGCUCAGUUGAACAAAACUUUGACCUCGUCCCAGUGAUUAGCACCCUGGGUGCAGCCGGGUUGUCCUUUGCUACGUCCUACUCCAUUCUGUCAAACUUCCUGGAGAAGGUGGCUGAGGAUGCACGAAGGGUUCGCAAGAAAGCUCUGGAGUAA